AUGGCCGUUCUUGUGGCGAGGCAGGGGCGCGAGCUGCAGCGGUACAGCACGAGCACCGGCGGGCGCAUCGUGGUGGGGUGCAUCCCGUACCGGAUGCGCGACGGCGGCGACAGCGACGGCGAGGGCGAGCUGGAGGUGCUGGUCAUCAGCUCGCAGAAGGGGCACGGCAUGAUGUUUCCCAAGGGCGGGUGGGAGCUGGACGAGUCCAUGGACGACGCGGCACGGCGCGAGGCCCUCGAGGAGGCCGGCGUCCGCGGGGAGAUGGGCAAGGUGCUCGGCUGCUGGCACUACCAGAGCCGCCGCUACCAGACCACCUACGAGGGCAUCAUGUACCCGCUCCGCGUCACCGACGAGCUCCAGCAGUGGCCCGAGAUGGCGUCCCGCAAGCGCACCUGGCAACUGUGCAGCAGGUCAUGGAGGGAUGCCAGCACUGCUGGAUGCGGGAGGCGCUCGAGGAGCUCGUCGCCCGGCACGCCAAGCCGCAGUCCGCCCUGUGAGCAGCCAAGCGGGCUGGCGGGGUGA